UAACUUGGUUUUUUUCCUCCACUACAGAUCCAGAAGGCUAAGGCUGAGAGACACCGUGAGCGUGUCCUCAAGGAGGAGAUGGACGCUAAGCGUGCCAAGAACAAGGCUCUCCGUGAGCGCCGCCUGGAGCGCAAGGAGGCCAAGCAGAACGCUCUCGUCGCCGAGGCCCAGGAGUAAAUUUCUUCUGUUUAACGAACUUUGGCGGUGCGGAGGUUGAAGGCGGGGAAUAAUGGGUUAAUCGAUCAGCCAAUGGAAUAUAAAUCAGGUCGACCAAAACUACACACUUCCCCGUUUUUUCGUUGCAGGUCUGGCUUCGUUGGCUUUUGAGGAAAAGAAAAGUUUACAUCCGGGACGAAUGGCUUCUGUUUGAAUCGUAUCAUGAGGCAACCCCGGCACAUAUGGGUUUGUCGGGAAUACGGGGGGCAUACAUACUUCACCUCUUGCUUUUACCUCUUUUCACUCGUGGACAUUACGGAGGGGAGGAAAGUAAUGAGUAUGUGAAUGUGGACAAGACAAGGAGAAGAAAAAAAAAAAGAGAGAAAAGACCAGCUUUUUCAUUAAAGUCAAAACCAAUGGCAUGGCGCUUUGUGUGUGUGUUACGAAAUUUCCGAACAUUGUUCUUUCUAUUUUUCAUCUACACACGGUCUUUGCAUUUUGCAUGCAUCUCUCUAUUUCCUUCUCUUACCCCGGAAAAGUCGAACAGAAUCAUUCUACCCCGGAUGUCUCUUUUUUUUUUUUUUUUGCCCUUAUCUUUUGCCAUCGCAGCUGAUCUCCUGUACUCCACCUUCAUCUCCCUAAACCUCAUUUCUCUCCCUCUCUCUCGGAGACCGGGUCUAGCCCUUUCCUCGAUCGGUUUUCCCCUUGUUUCCUCUACUCCUGCCUACACUUCCCCCACAUCGUCCAUGUCCAAUCUCUCGUAACGUUUCCUGAAUAUCACGCUUGAAGGUUCUACUUGGG